GCCUGCUUUUCUUCUUCCUGUUCCUACAGCUGUCAUCCUCUGUGGGCAGGAAAGAAGGGACUCUCUGCCACCUAAAAAGGACUUUCAGUCCCACAGAUUACAGAGAUGGGGAUCUUAUCAUUGGAGGAUUUUUCCCUUUAUUUAUAUAUAAGUUGAUUGAAUUAAAGUAUUGGAAAAUGUUUUGGUUUCACCCUCAAUACAAUCCUAAAGACUAUCAGUGGCUGCCCAAACACUAUUAUCAAGUUCUGGCUUUAAUGUUUGCUGUAGAAGAAAUCAACAGGAACCCCAAUCUGUUACCCAACAUUACUCUGGGAUUCCACAUCUACAAUGCCUAUCAGAAUGAUGAGAGGACCUUGGAGAGUUCCCUCAUGUGGCUAUCAGGCCAGGGGCAAACCAUUCCCAAUUACAGCUGUGGGAAGGAGAGCAAAUCUAUAGGGAUCAUUGGAGGAGCCACUUCUGAAAUGACUUUUUCUAUGGGAACUCUAUUAGAACUUUAUAAAUUCCCACAGAUCAGCUAUGGUCUCUUUGAUCCACUCCUCAGUGACCCACUUCAGUUUCCUUCUGUUUAUCAGAUGGCCCCCAGGGAUACCUCUCUUCCCCUUGCCAUGGUCAGAUUAAUGCUGCAUUUCAAAUGGACCUGGGUGGGUCUUAUUGCCUCAGAUAAUUCAAGAGGUGAGAAAUUCCUCAGGCACCUUCAAGAAGAAAUGGCCAGAAAUGAUGUGUGUGUGGCCUUUGUACACAAGAUCUUCACUCAUCAGUCAUUCAGAGACCAAUUACAUGAAAAUUUAACAUAUACAAUAAGAACUUCUACAGCCAAAGUGAUUGUCAUUUAUGGAAAUACAGAUUCACUUCUGGGCUGGAUGCAUUCUCAGAUCCAGCUUGAAUUAAUAUGGAGAAUGUGGAUCACCAGCAGUCACUGGGAUAUUGCCAAAAAACCCAGUUAUAUCUAUUUUAAUUAUUUCCAUGGGGCACUAAUAUUUUCAGACCAGACUAGUAAGAUUCCUGGAUUCAAAAAUUUUCUGAAAACCAUUCACCCUGCCAAAUACUCAGAAGAUAUUUUCCUUAAAAACUUCUGGAACACAGCAUUUGGGUGUAUAUAUAAAUAUGGAGAAGGAGAUGAAGGGAUCUGUUCACCAAACGCCUCUUUAGACACACUACGCUUGAGCUAUUUAGACGUCACAAUGUCUGAGCAGAGUUACACUGUCUACGCUGCUGUGUAUGCUUUGGCCUGGGCCCUUCAUGAAAUGUUCUUGGUGAGAUCAGAAAUGGAAUCCGACAUAGAUGGAGCCAACAGGAUUCUUUACCCUUGGAAGCUCCAUUCCUUUCUGAAGAACAUCCAAUUUAACAAUAGUGCUGGCAACCUGGUGGUCUUGGAUAAGAAGAAGAAGUCUGUUGCACACUAUGAUAUUCUCAACUAUGUGACCUUUGACAAUGAUACCGAAGUCCUGGUGAAAGUGGGAGAGUUUAUUUCUCAGGCUCCACUCGGUCAAGAUUUUAGCAUCCAAGAGAAGGCAGUAAAGUGGUUCACCUGGAAUGGAGAGACGCCUCAGUCCAGUUGUAGUAGAAGCUGUGGUCCUGGAUUUCUGAAGAAAGUCCCAAAGGGAAAGCCUGUAUGCUGUUUUGAUUGCAUCUCCUGCCCAGAUGGACAGAUUUCCAACCAGACAGACACAGAACAAUGUAUUACAUGCCAGGAGGAUCAAUAUCCCAAUAGGCAGAGGAAUCAGUGCCUCCCCAAAGUGGAGACCUUCCUGACCUAUGAAGAGCCCUUGGGGAUGGUUUUGACUUCCAUAGCUACUUGUUUCUCUCUCCUCACAGCUCUGAUUCUCUGGGUCUUUGUGAAGUACAAAAACACCCCCAUAGUCAGAGCCAAUAACAGGGAUCUCAGCUAUAUCCUCCUCAUGUCUCUUACCCUCUGCUUCCUCUGCUCUUUGCUUUUCAUGGGCCGGCCAACUGCAACCAAUUGCCUCCUCCGACAAACAGUAUUUGGAGUCAUGUUCACAGUGGCGAGCUCCUCUAUUUUGGCCAAAACUGUCAUUGUGGUUCUGGCCUUCAGAGCUACUAGACCAGGCAGCAGGAGCAGGAAAUGGGUGGGAACUAGAGCACCCAUUUAUUUUGUUCUCUUUUGCACCCUGAUUCAAGUCAUGCUCUGUGCAAUCUGGCUGCUGCUCUCUCCCCCAUUUCCAGAGGCAGACACACACUCCGAUCAUGAACACAUCAUCCUGGGGUGUAAUGAGGGUUCCCUCAUUGCCUUCUACUUUGUCCUGGGCUACAUGGGAGUCUUGGCCCUGGGGAGCUUCACUGUGGCUUUUCUAGCCAGAAAUCUCCCUGACACUUUCAAUGAAGCCAAAUUCAUCACUUUUAGCAUGCUGGUGUUCUGCAGUGUCUGGAUUUCCUUCCUCCCCACGUACCAGAGCACCAAGGGGAAGAUGAUGGCGGCCGUGGAGAUCUUCUGCAUUUUAAGCUCCAGUACUGGCUUGCUAGGCUGCAUCUUCAUCCCCAAAUGUUAUGUGAUCUUUCUGCAGCCCCACAGGAACACCAAGAAAACUUUAAGAAAUAAUUACAGUUCCUGA